AUGGCAAACCAGCAGUUAGACUAUAAGUUUCUCCCGACUUCACGUGGUGGACGUUAUCUAGUUGUUGAAGGCUUUGUGUUUCGAUUGAAUCGAAGACGCAACGAUGCUUCAUGGGCAUCUUGGAGAUGCCAGGAGAAGACAUGUGCUGCGACUGUCUCUACUGUGAACGACAUCAUCACCAAGCAUCCCAGCCCACAUAACCAUGGACCUGUCCAUAAUGAGAUAAAGGUCAGAGAGACACUGGACAGGAUGAAGAUGGUGGCCAAGUCAUCUCUGGGUCCGAUACCGACGCUGUACAACGAGGUUCUGGCCUCAGUGAGCGAUGGUCCUUGGACGGAAGAGAACAGGUCGUUCAUCGCAGAAAUGCCGACGUACGACACCGUCAAGAACAGACUGUACCAGGCCCGAAGAUCCACCUUCCCACCCAUCCCAUCUUCCCGACGAGAAAUCGUGAUCCCAGACGAGUUCAAAACAACCAACGCUGGCGAGCCCUUUGUCAUCAUCAACGAUGGCGACGACGAUAAGAUCCUUGGCAUGACGACAACGGUGAACAUGCAACAUCUUUGUGCUGCCGAAGUUGUGUAUAAUAAUUUAUUCAAUUAA